AUGCAGCCUGAAGAAUUUGCCGCUGCGGCUCGUGGCGGUUUCGGAGGAGACGCGGAAAAGGCGAAGGCGGCAGAAGCUCAGGAGGCGAUGCGGCAGCAAAUGGAGGAACAACGGCGAAUUAUGCUUCGAGCGGUCUUGACACCGGAGGCUCAGGAGCGGUUACACCGCAUCCAACUUGUCAAGGCGGACAAAGCACGGGAGGUCGAAACCCUCAUUCUGCAGAGUGCUCAGAGGGGCCGAAUUGCCGACAAGGUGGACGAGGCGACUCUCAUAGAGCUUCUUCAGCAGACCAGCGCCGCGACGGCUGCGAAGAAUCAACCCAAAGUCACCGUGCGUCUCGGUCUCUGA